CGAAAUACCUAAUAAAGUAUUUUUUUUUUGUUAAACAAAAUACCUAAUAAAGUUUUGAUUAAAAAAACGUUUAAUGCUCAAAUUUAUAAUCUGGACUCACUUCAUGAAAUCAUAGUGAAGUCUCAUUACUCUCUCUUCAUAUUAUAUCUCCUUCUCAACUACUCUUCUCACCAGAGAAGAUGAACAAUGAAGCAGCUUUCUUCCUCUGCUUCUUCUGCUUCGUUUAUUUCUUCGGAGCUGAACAAACCGCCGGAAACGUUACGACGUCGGAGAAUCCAUUCACACCAAAAGCCUCAUUGAUUCGCUAUUGGAACAAACACAUCAAUGGCGAUUCACCAAAACCUUAUUUUUUCCUCUCAAAGGCAUCUCCUAUGACGGCCGUGGACUCCACGCGUUUCGCCUCACUCGCUUCCCGUCACGCGCUACACACGCGCCUCUCUGAUUUCUGCUCCGCCGCGAAGCUCUUCUGUUUCCCUGAGCUAUCGGCACAUUCUCACGGUGAUGACGUUAGCUUCGCCGUUUACAGCCGCAAGAAUUUCACAAGCUACGGCUCCGACCGCCUCUCCGGAGCCGACUCGUUCAAAAACUAUUCCGGUGGUGACAACAUUGCCGUCGAUUCGUUCCGCCGUUACAGCCGCGAUUCCGCCGGGCACGACGAUGGGUUUUCAAAUUACGCCGGCGAAGUCAACGCGGCUGACCAGAGCUUCAACACAUACGCCACCGGAUCUACUGGAGGCUCCGGCGAUUUCGUGAAUUACCACACAAAUGCCAACGAACCCAACGGAAGAUUCACUUCCUACUCCGACAAAGCCAACGGCAGAUCACAAUCCUUCACGACCUACUCCGAAAACGCAAACGCCGGAGCUCAGACGUUCACAAGCUACAGCAAAAACGGAAACGGAGCUCCGAACGGAUUCUCGGGUUAUGGAUCCGGGUCAAACGUAGUCAAAUCGGGUUUCACCGGAUACGGGGAGACCGCAAACGGAGCCAACGACACGUUCACUAGCUACGGCGGCAACGGGAAUAUCCCGGUGAGCGAUUUCAAAAAAUACGGCGAAGGAGGAAACGGCGCCGUUUACGGGUUUAAGAGCUACAGAGACCAAUCCAAUAUCGGAGCAGACUCGUUCUCUUCCUACGCCAAAAACUCGAACAACGAGAAGGUCAAUUUCGUAAAUUACGGCAAAUCAUUCAACUUGGGAUCCGACAAUUUCACCGGUUACGGCCAAGGUAACAUCGGAGGAAACGUCAGCUUCAAAACCUACGGCCAAGGACCGAGUUUCAAGGAGUACACUAAAAACGGCGUCGUUUUCGCCAGGUACUCUAAUAACGUGAGCUCGACUGGCAAAACGGUAAAUAAAUGGGUUGAGCCGGGCAAAUUUUUCAGAGAGUCGAUGCUAAAAGAAGGGACGGUGAUGCAAAUGCCGGAUAUUAGGGAUAAAAUGCCUAAAAGGACGUUUUUGCCCCGAACUAUAGUUUCGAAUUUACCUUUUUCAUCUUCCGAGACAGGCGAGAUACGGAGGAUCUUCGGCGCCGGAGAGAAUUCGUCGAUGGCGGGGAUAAUCUCCUCGGCGGUUUCCGAGUGCGAGAGAGCGCCAAGCCACGGGGAGACGAAGCGGUGCGUCGGAUCGGCGGAGGAUAUGAUCGAUUUCGCCACGUCAGUUCUUGGACGUAGCGUGAUGGUGAGAACGACGGAGAAUGUCGCAGGGUCAAAGAAGAAGAUCGUAGUCGGGAAAGUCAAAGGAAUCAACGGUGGAGAUGUAACUAGAGCUGUUUCGUGUCACCAGAGUAUGUACCCGUAUUUACUAUAUUACUGCCACUCGGUUCCUCGGGUACGGGUUUAUGAAACGGAUCUUCUUGACCCGGAGAGUGUAGAGAAAAUUAACCAUGGUAUUGCCAUCUGUCAUAUCGACACAUCAGCAUGGAGUCCGAGUCAUGGAGCGUUUUUGACACUAGGGUCGGGCCCAGGUCGGAUUGAAGUUUGCCAUUGGAUCUUUGAGAACGAUAUGACGUGGACUAGUAGUACUGUUGAAUAAGGUUUUGGUCAAUUUUUGAUCGUGUUAUUUAUUUAAGAAUUGUUUAAGAAUUGUUUCAUCCUUUUUGUUUUCCUGUUCGCAAAACUGUAGCUUUCUCCCAUUUAUAUUUAUAUAUUUGAUCAACUUAGUAAAACUGAAACUUUUAGACUUGUGACGCAAGACACAUUCCGAGACGUUUAUUUGCAUGUGUGUGGAAAG